AUGAACAAGAAUAAAGCGCGUCAGAGCUUAAUCGCACCCUCGGGUCGACCGUCGAGCGACACUCCAAUCGCUCGUCGCGUCGCGUUCCUUCGCGAGGCGUCUCGAGCGUACGUGAAGGACAUUCCAGAAUUGUCGGCGGCUUUGAACAUGUCCGCGACGACCCUAGCGAGAGAGAGCGAGCUGUCACGGGCACAGAUAGACGCGUACGGGUCGUGCCCGGCGUGUGGGCUCCCCAAAGAUCCUGAGGGAGCGCGGUGUGCGCUGUGCGGGCUGCUGUUGCGAAAGAAGCGUAGGAGACGUCCUAAGCAGAAAGCGUGA